AUGGUGUUUGCGGCCAACGAGACGGCCGUCAAGGCCCUACGCGGGGCCUGCCUGGCGCCGUUCUUUGACCCCGCCAGGUUCCCAAUUGACGAAGGCUUUGUCGAAGGACGGUUGUGCCAGCCCCUCAGCGCUGACCUUACAUGCUGCUUGCCGUGCCCUGUGACGGACUGGGUAUAUCCCGAGUCCUUCAACACCAUGUCGACAGUGGCCAACUGGCUGAGCGUAGUGGCGGCGGUCUGCAACGUUUUCCUGCUGCUAUCAUACGCUGUCCUGCCGGUGGACAAGACGCACAGGCACUACCUCACUCGGCUUUAUAAUACCGCUCGCGGCGAAACCCGAACAAUGCUACAACGAAAUUACCCCCACGACAUGGAGACCAGCACGGUCUGCGCGGCUUCGGCGACGGCCCUGCUCUUCGGCGGCUUCGCGGCGGUCAUGUGGGUGUUCCUCCGAUCAGUCUCGCUCCACCUCCAAAUCUGCUGGCAACAAAACGUCGGACGCAUGUUCAUGAUCUUCUCCCACGCCACGGGCUGGGUGAUCCCGCUCGUCGUCGUCAUCCUCGCGCUUGUCUUUAGCGGCGUUUCCUUCCGGUUCGGGGCCACGUGCCACAUCAACCACCAGAACUCGCUCGCCGACUUUUGGAUUCCCCUCCUCCUCUUCGCCGGAAUCACGGUCAUGCUUCAGUUCGCCACCUUUGGCUACUGCAUCAAGGUAUACCUCGCCUCGUUGGCGGAUUCAAGCGCCUCGACCGAGGGUUCGGGGAUUCCCUACACCAACAGCAUCAAGACCAUGACGCCCAGGCAGGCAUACCGCCGCGUGAAGAGGGUGAUUCAGCUGCAGUGGAGGGGCAUUGCCAUUGUGCUCAUCAUCGUCGCCGACGUCAUCUUCUUUUCCGUGGUUUUCGUCUUCCAGGACAACACGGUCCAGGCGGUCAAGGACGACCCGAGCAUCGGCCAGGAGUGGACUGCUUGCUUGGCCCUCGCGUACAUUAGCGGUGGUGACCGGAGCCAAUGCCUUGAUAAAGCGACAGCGUUGGCGGUCAGCCAGGCCACCAUUAUGGCGGUACUUAUCCUCUUGGCUAUCAACGGAAUUCUCCUCCUCUUCCUCCUUGGCCGAUGGUCAAUGGUUCUCGGCUGGGUGGACCUUUUCAAGAGCUUCUUUGGCGGCAAGUCUGCCGAGUUCGUAUCGGUGGAUGCGCGCCACGAGUACAAGAAUGACCAACUCCAUCUCUCUACGAUGAGCCCAACUACUACUGGCGGCUUCAAGACGCCCGAUUACUACGGCCAGACGGCGAGGUACAACGUGCCUUCGAGGUCGUUUUCCAGCCCCAGGCCUCCCACGUCCCCACGGGGGCUGGGACUCGACGGCGACGUACGCGCGCCCGCAGGAACCCCAAAGGCAAAACUAUUGGAUCAACGACCGGGAUCAGGAUUACGAGGAUAUGAAUCCUCUCGGGAUGAACAAGAUAUAAAACAACUAAGCGCUCGGGGCCUCGACCUCGAAUCUGAUGAUGAUAUGUGGGGAAGCAAAAGAUAA